CUAUUAUUGAAACCCGCCGCUAUCUCGAGAUAGUUUCUUCUAGACCUUCUUCUCUGUGAUUUCAUACUAGUGGCUCUCUCGCACCUUGUUAUCAGUUCGACCCUUACAGUUUCACGAUCGAUCUCAGCCAAAUCCAGAGAUGGCGGAUGACAAUAAAAGAGGGAAAUUUGUCCCACAUAUUCCAUUUGAUUUGAUAUUUGAGAUCUUGACCUGGGUGUCCAUUGAGCACUUACUCAGAUUCCAAUGUGUUUGCAAGGACUGGUAUGCCUUGAUUCGAAACCCCAAGUUCAUAGAAAGGCAGUUUGAACGAGCUAGUAGCUUUCAGAAAAUUAGUGAUCUUGUAAAAGAGGAAAUCGAUGGCAUACUACAGCCUAUUAAUGUCAACCAAAAAUACAAGAAGUUUGUGAGUUGUUUUGGCUUGUUUUUAGAGAUGAGUCUUACUGAUAGUCGAUCAUGCCGCAUCAGAAACCCGGUAACCCGCCAAGUAGUCUAUUUGCCUCUUGCACACAAGGGUGCGAACCAAUAUGACUUUGCUCUCAAUAAAGUCACUGGUGAGUGUAAAGUGGUAUGUUACUAUCACAAUGGUAAUUGUGAAGCAGGGUUUCAAGUCAUAACUGUUGGAGAUGAGCAGUGGAGGCCAAUGAGACAUCCAAACCAAGAGUUGUUAGAACAAGGCAUACUUUUUGCCGAUCAUGGAGCGUAUAUUGGAGCAAACAAUGGGAUUGGACAUUUUGCUGACUUGAUUGAAGAUGGAGAAGGUUACCGACUAGAAGUGCACACUUUGGAGAAGUGGAAGGAAUGCAUCAUAAGUACUUGCCGUGUGCCACAAGAAGCUUUCGAAGACUUGUCUGAAGUUCUGUUUUGCCAAUGGGAUGGGCGUGUUGCUGUUGCGAAGAUUGGAGAUGAAGAUAUCAGUGUUUUGAGGUUGGAGGAUUACAUGGAGAAUAGGUGGACCGAAAGAAAGAUUGUGGUUCAGUUGGAAAUUUUGAAGGACGAGCCGGAUUUGGAUGAGGAGAUCAUUAAGUUGCGUGCUUGUUCUAAUGAACUCACCAUAGAUGCCGCUGGUUCAAGAAUUUACUAUGAUAUGACAAGGCAGGUGGUUUUAGCCGAAUAUGACAUGGAAAGCACAAAUGAAGAUGAAGCAUUCACUUGGCUUAGGCCAAGCCUUAUGGCUCUCAAGGGAAUGAAACGAGAAGAGUAAUUGUAAGGUAAGGCGAGAGAAAUGGAAGGGCUAGCUGAUGUGCAUAUGUAUAACAGACACUUGUUAUAUGAAUGCCUAGGCCUGAGGUAAGUUUCUGUAUUUCAGGCAUAAGACUAUUGUGUUAAUUUCAUGCCCAGUUAUGCAUGCAUGAUGCAUAUAUUGGUGCUUUGCAUUUGAGACGUUAC